AUGAGCGAUGGACCACGAGUCACGGACCGGUGGUCAACCGUGCGGGCAACCAUGAGCGAAUGGACCGCGGUCACCGAUGAUCAUUGUCGAACUCCAGGAGCAGGCACUGAACCGACACAGAAUUUAGAGAUACCUGCAGGCAAGGCCUCUAAUGGCCCGGAUGAUUCUUCCAACACGAACACCACCGGUGUUGAUACUGCCAAUACUGACAAAGCAACAGUUGUAGAUCCGGCACCAGUAACUACUGGUAACGGUUCCUCAGCCUCCGGUGGAAGUAAACCUGAUCCAACGGAGGCACGCAAUACUGCUAAGGAUGAUAAAGCCCAUGAUGGGCAUACUGCCGCAUCCUCUCCCACGACACAACCAUCUCAAGAGUCCCAGCCCCCCACGGAAACAGUUACCUCCACUGAUCCUGAUCAACAUGGUCACAAACAUGACACAGGUCCCUCUGGUGCAGCUGGUCCUACUGGUCCCAGUUCUACUGGUCACCAAACCCCUGCUUCGUCCGGACCCGGUUCCACGGGUACUAGUACUACGGGUGCUACCUCCGGAGAAGGUUCAAAGGGCAACUUCGAACUAGAUAUAGCACUUCCAACAGGAGGGGGUAACGUGGGUGGAUCAUAUGGAACAGGUCCAACACCAGGUCCAAAGGGGCAAUCUCCGCAGAAUGUGCAACACGAUGGCCCCUUCUUCCCUGACCUAACCGCCGACGUCCUUACCGCCACUACCCCGCUCCUGUUUUUUCUCGCUUUCGUCACCGUGGCCCUCCUUGGUUAUUCUCUGUGGAAAGCAAGCACACUAGGUACAUCAUCGACUAAUGGCACAAGCCCAUAUGACGCUACGGAUGCAAUUACAGCCGUAUCGUUGAGUGAUGGAACGGAUGUAGGGAAACGAGGCCCACGUAAUAUUUACGACGGUCGUGCGACAGGGCGCCAGAAGGGCACGAUGUUCGAUGACAUGCGCAAAAAAUUAAAAUCCAAGGUCAAAGUAAACCAGGCACAGAACAAACAGAAGGAAUCACAGGAUAUAACCGCAGGAAAUAGUUGUAGAAGAGCACAAGGCCUCGUGAACGCGGCCGUAAUGUCGCAAGCACCAGAACUCGCUUUGUGGAUCUCGAUGUGCACGUGUGGAGCCUUUAUACUCAUUGCAAUUAUGUAUGCCUGCCUGCUAGUAUGUUUCUGUUGCUCCAAGACAGGAAAAUGUCUAUUGGAUAAAAUGUGGAAGAAGAAGGAGAAGGAGGAAGCUCCCGCAGAAACGAAAAACAACGAAGGAGAAGUAAAUAAGAAACAGGAAGCACUUAAAGAGCCAGUAACAUUUCAUAAACAGGAAGUACCUAAGAAACAGGAAUCACCUAAGAAACAGGAAACACCUAAGAAACAGGAAACACCUAAGAAACAGGAAACACCUAAGAAACAGGAAACACCUAAGAAACAGGAAACACCUAAGAAACAGGAAACACCUAAGAAACCGGAAACACCUAAGAAACAGGAAGCAGCUGAGAAGCAAAAAGCACCGGGGAAGCUGAAACUACCGUGUACUAGUAGAAGUAGUAGUACAGGUAGUAGUAGUAGUAGUAUAAGUAUUAGUAGUAGUAGUAGUAGUAACAGUAGUAGUAGUAGUAAUAGUAGUAGUAGUAGUAGUAGUAGCAGUAGUAGUACUAGUAGUAGUAGUAGUAGUCGUACUUCUUUUUUUAAGAAGGGGAAUAAUAACGUGUUCAAUAUGCCUGGGCUUUUUGCAGCCGACAUACUGUAUUUUCUAGGGGCAUGGGAUGAUUAUCUGACGCACAUGCACAUCACGGACGCAAAGGCAUAUUGGACCAAAAUAUUGGAAGAGGUUGAUAAAAUCUUUGGAGCCUUAAUCCACAAAAUUGGUGAAAGUCACGCUUCGAUUUCCGGCUUCUGUGGACACUUAUACAAUGGACCGUAUGACGGAUUAUGCCGUAACAGAUGUCAGGACAUUACGAAAAUCCUGCUAUACACGAGAGGGUAUGAUUACAACAAGAAAAGUGGAAAAUGGGAAAAAAGGACCAUACCGGAAAACGGGAGCAGGAAUUUUAGGGCGUAUUUAGAAUGCAUACUAGGCAGUGAGGUUUUAUUCCGGCUAUAUGGACGUCAUACAAAUCAUCAGGGACUUAUAAACAGGGUUUCCGAAGAGUUAGACACGGGGACAGCAUUUCCGGCGCAGCAGACAUUCGACAAGGGAUUGUGCGCGAAGAUAAAUUUUGGGUCCAUCAUAUUUCUAUCGCGGAAUAUUCAAGAGAAGUUGCAGAUUGGAUUAGAGGGCUUGAAUACAGGUUGGGCGCGUGCGGACGUAGGCGCAGCGCGCACAGGGCGCACAUGUGGAUGGGAAGCUGAAGACGACGCUGGUGAAGACCAGAAACCGCACAGUGAAGAGGAAUGUAAUCAGAAUGGGACGGUGAAGACAGCGGCAGCUGUGCUAAUGAAAAGGAUAGCAAGCUGGGUGGGCGAUCCUCAGAACAUUCCGAAGUUAUGGAACCUGUUACAGGACAUGCACCAUAACCCGGGAUCGCACACGACAUGUGAAUUACAGCAUAAAAUACAGCAGAGGAUAAAGGACACGGUCAAGGAAGUGAAGAAAGAGGCGGAGAAGCAGGCUAAAAAAACUGUGAAGGUGCCGGCCCUGCAGGAACCCAAGAGUGCAGAGGACCACACGGACGGCGCAGCGAAACCGGCGGCGACGAAGCCGGCAACAACUAAACCGGUAGCACAACCAGACGGGGCAAAGAAAGAAGAGAAGACAUCGUCACCAUCACCAUCACCAGGGUUAGAACCAGUAGGAAGGGCAGAUACAACAGCCGGAGGAGGAGAGGCGUCCCAACCACAAGCACCUGCAUCUCCAGUAUUACCAGCAAGACCACCUCCUCCUCCACCCAGGAGACCAUCCACACCAAGACAAGGUCCAGAAGGAGGAGGACAGGCAGCAGGGGCAGACGCGAAGUCCACAGCGAACACGCCUGCGGAUUCGGAUGCACAAUCUCCAGGUAAGACCACAUGUUCUGAUAGUAGCGGCACAUCUACAGGUGUCUCCAUUAGUUGCGGCAGUACCUCAGACAGUGAUCUGGGGCUGACAUCACAAGGCAAAAAACUCCUGGAGGCGGCAGACAAGAACAAGGACGGUAACGAUUCUACUGAGAAAUCUCCUAGACCCGCAGUAGCAGCACCAGCAGCAACACCAACCUCGCCAGCACAGGGAUCAUCAGGAUCAUCAUCAACACCUGUGCCAGCCCCACCCACGCACCCCGCAGGACGACCAUCAUCAGCGACACCACCAGGGCAGCAGACAUCACCUGUGUCGUCAUCUACGGACACAUCAGCACCAUCACCAGUGCAGCCAUCACCCCCCACGGCGGCGGAUGAUGCUGUAGCUCACUUUGUUCCCCCUCCAUCGAAACCCUACGACCCCAAGGAUCUCAUCCCCUACACCCCCGCGCUGAUCCCCGCGGUGGUUGGUAUUGCCAUCAUUGCAUUCUUCCUAUGGAAGUAUUGGGCCUUCCUCGCCAAACGACGACGAACAUAUCGAACCGUUCGUGACGUCCCGUCACAGCCACUCGACGAAGAAAUAUUGCAACAUCUACAACGCGCCGAACUGCCGCCACCCGAUUACGCGUACACGAUGGUUAGGGAUACGCGGGGCGCAUCUGCUGCCGGCCGACGACGACGUCAUCCACGCGUGCAUACACGCACGAUCAUCGAGCUACAUCUAGAGGUGCUCAACGAAUGUGAAGCAACGGAAUGGGAAAACGUCAAAGACGACUAUUGGAAGAUUGUCGUGCACGAGUUUGCGCGUGACUUGCAGCAGGACGUGGACACGAAUAACAAUAUCUUGGGUGUCUCUACCUCAAACCAGGCUUUAUCAGGGAACAAUGUUUCGUCCACCCUCAAUCCACCCAGUGACUCGGAUGGAACGCAUCCAUGUCCACCGAAUGACCCCGAUGCAUGGAAGUGUAUGGAAACCAUACAGUUAGAAACGUACCCUUGUCGACCUCAUGACCCCGAUCCAUGGAGUUGUAUGAAAAACAUACAGUUAGCAACGCACCCUUGUCCACCGAAUGACCCGGAUCCUUGGAGUUGUAUGGAAUCCAUACAAUUAGCAACGGAACCUGGUCCACCGAAUGAGGACGACCCCGAUCCAUGGGGUUGCAUGGAAACUAUACCGUUAGCAACGGACCCUUGUGCACCUAACGCAGACAACCCAGAUCCGUGGAGUUGUAUGGAAACCAUACAGUUAGCUACGGGCCCUUGUCGCCCUAACGAAGAGGAGCCCGAUGCAUGCAGUUGUAUGGAAAACAUACAGUUAGAUGCACAACAGAAUGCUCAUUCCAACCCCGAGCACGCGACGUCCGACUGCACCCAAUGCAUCCUUUGGAUUGACCGGCACAAGCACCUAUUGCAGCAGUGCACGCGGCAGCCGUGGUUUUUGCAAUUAAAAGCGCAUUGGCAACAAUACCUGCGUGAGCACAUGGCGGCAAACGCUGCAUCCGGUGAGCACAGGAAAGCCGCAACCAUGGAAACGCAGAAAUUGGAAGCAUGGAAAGCGUGGGUUGCAACACAACAUGCGCAAGUGCGUAUGUAUUGUGAGGAGGCGUGGUUUCAACAUUUGUUGAAUAAUGUACAGGAGGAGACAGUAUCGUACAAAGGCCAAAUACCUGGCGUGGGACACGACUUACACGUGGAAACUGUAAUGGCAGCAGAACAUGUGCUACGAGUGAGAGAUGCACCACGCAUGCAACCACUGCAUCGGCAACCUUACAUGAAACAACCGUUCACCGCUAAAACAUGGAUACUGAUCCUGGCAUUCGUCAUAGAAGAGAGCGAAGUCGAACGCAGUUUGCAGGAUAGGGAGUUAUAUGUGGAUGCUUUAUUACAGAAUAUGCGACAUUAG